CAGUAGUUCUGUAAGAGGGAAAACAGCUAAGGGAUUCUCUACUGGAGAAUUUUCAGCCUUCAGUAGAAGCCAAAAUGGUUAAGAUGGUGUAUAAUGGAUAUAAGUCUCUAAUGCAGAUAUGCUUCCUGGACUCUUAGAAGCUCAGGAAAAGGCUAGUACUCUAGAGAGAAAAAUAAUCUCCUGUGCAGUGCCCAAGAAAGUUUUGGAUGUUUUGAUGAGUAAUAUUAUGGACAUAAGUGGAAGAGAGAAACAUUUUAAUGGUGCUAGCAACCAUGCACACUCUUUCAUACUGAGAAGCUGUAGGACAGUCUUGUAACACACACGCACCCUGCCCCCAUCCUCCCUAAAUGCUAAUGGCAAAAUCCCACAACCUGGCCGUUGACUGCAGAUGACUCACUAGACCUGUUUAGUGUCCACUGUUUAUGCCAGCUCUUCGUUGCAUUUGCUCCACGGAUCAAGGGUGACAGUAAUGGAAAGGCCUUUAUAAUUCCUCAUGAUGUUGGCAAAGAAACACAUUACGUUCCUUGCGGGUGACAGAAGCCACAUCUCUGAAGUGGUGCAACUUCCAGAACCUUAGAUUAAGCAUCAUUCGUGCUCAAGAGCAGAGUGGGUGCAUAAAUUCACAGCCCCAGCUGAAAAGAAAAAAGCUUUUUGUUGGAGUCCUGAUCCUUGGAAAGCACUGGAUUUUCAAAGUAGAGGAACAAGGAAUUUAACAAAGUCCCUUCAGCCUUGGUGAUGAAUGGUGUGAUUAAACAGGAGCUUUCAGGCCAGAAAAAUGCACCCAGUGGAAAUGCAGAAGUGUUCCUCAAGGACAGUAUUCACAAUGAAGCAAGAGACUUAACCAUUCAGACAUGUACCCAAGUCCCUACAUUUGCUGAGAGGAAGAAUGUUUUACAGUUGCGGCUGCAGCAGCGAAGAAGCCGAGAGCAGCUCGCCAGCCAAGGAAUCAUGCCACCACUGAAAAGCCCCUCUCCCUUCCAUGAGCAAAAGAAGAGCUUGGAGCGAGUCAAGACUGAAGAUUAUUUAAAGCACAAGAUCCGAAACAGACCAGAGCACACAGAACUGGUUGAUAUGCACAUUUUACAGGAUUCAACCACAGGAGGGUCCAUUCAAGCUACUCAGAUGAAACUGAAAAGAGCCCGUCUUGCGGACAAUCUGAAUGAAAAAAUUGCUCUUAGGCCAGGUCCACUGGAGCUGGUGGAGAAGAAUAUCAUUCCUGUUGACUCAGCUGUGAAAGAAGCUUUCAAAGGUACGCAGGCAAACUUCUCCAAAUCAUCAGAUGCUUUUGCUUUUGAAGAAGAUAGUAGCAAUGAUGGGAUGUCCCCAGAGCAGGUCAGAAGUGAGGAUUCCCAGGGAUCCACAGAAUCAGCAACAGGGAUCAAAAUGUCAGAAGCCGUGUUACCGACAAUGUCAGGGACAACUCAGGAUCAUUCCCUUGGUUCUGAAAAUGAUACAGUUGAUUCAGCAUCUCUGAGAAAUAGCCAGCCAGAAAGUCCUAAACAGCUGAAUGGGCAGCAGACACCUCCUGGCUCUGUUACUCCAUCUGCAAAGUCAAAAUCAUCAAAUGAGAACAAGAAUCGCCACAAAAAGCCCAAGGAGCUGAAGCCCAAAGUGAAGAAACUGAAGUAUCACCAAUACAUUCCCCCAGAUCAGAAAGCUGAGAAGUCCCCUCCUCCCAUGGACUCGGCCUAUGCGAGGCUCUUGCAGCAGCAGCAGCUCUUCCUGCAGCUCCAGAUCCUCAGCCAACAACAGCAGCACCGGCAUCAGCAGCAUUUCAGCUAUCCAGGGUCCCAUUCCAUCCACCUGAAGCAACCCAAUGAGCAAAUGGCCAAAACCUCAAGCUCUUCCCCAACGACAGUCGCCAACAGCCCUCUUUCUCCUGGGAAGGGAACCUUUUCAGGACAAUCCUGCAUUUCGUCUCUCAAACCAGGUCCUCUUCCAUCCAAUCUGGAUGACCUAAAAGUGUCAGAGCUGAGACAGCAGCUCCGAAUAAGGGGCCUUCCUGUAUCAGGUACAAAAACAGCCUUGAUGGAACGUCUGCGGCCCUUCCAAGAGUGCAGCGGGGGUUCAGUGCCUGGCUUCAAUGAGAUAACUACUGUCACCUUCCCAGUGACCCCAACAAACUCUCUCUCCAGCUACCAGUCGCAGUCCUCAACCAGUCUGUUAUCCAAUGGCUUUUACCACUUCGGCAGCACCAGCUCUACUCCACCGAUCUCCCCAGCCUCCUCUGACCUAUCAGUCAAUGGCUCCUUGCCGGACAGUUUCAAUGAAGGACCAAUGUCUUCCCCACAGUUUGUCUUGCACCCUUCCCCUGUGCAAGGUAGAUGUGAAGAAAACCUGAUGGGAAGCGGUAAUAGAGCUGGCAUCCAGCUUGAUGUGGAAAGGGUUGACACAGAGAAAGAUAAGAUGCUGGUAGAAAAGCAGAAGGUCAUCAAUGAGCUAACCUGGAAAUUGCAACAAGAGCAAAGGCAAGUGGAAGAGCUGAGGAUGCAGCUCCAGAAACGUAAAAGGAGCCACGGAUUGGAGGAGAAGCAGCCCUCUUCACGUUUCUUUGGUUUUCCAAUCAAGCAAGAAAGCCCAGCAUCCAGUUGCCCCUUUGCCUCUAAGCAAGCUGCCUUGAAAGCCCAGGCCAGCAACCCUGACAUGUUGGGUAACCAUGGGACACCUCAGCUGCCCCAACUUGUAAAUAGCCAUUGCAUGGAAUCUUCAGGACAGAAUGGCAUACUGUCCUCCACAUUCCUAAGCCCACAGUGCUCUCCCCAGCAUUCUCCACUAGAGGCAGCAAAGAGUCCACAACACAUCAGUCUUCCACCCUCACCAAACAGCCAUUACCUCCUCUCUGUGUCCCCCAGCGCUCAGGGAGAAGGACGCAGCAGCUCUCCGCAGCCCAGUAGCCACCUGCGAACAGCUCCAGUACCAGCACAAGGUGGUCAGAAGUGUUCCAUUCUGUCUCCCAGCUUUUGUAAGUCAAAUGCUGCCCUCCCAGAGGGAAAACAGCCACCACCCUAUGCUGAUGCUGUGAAGCAGCAGAUGACCCGAAGUCAGCAGAUGGAUGAGCUGUUGGAUGUGCUUAUUGAAACUGGAGAAAUGCCUGCAAAUGCCAAAGAGGACCGCCCUUGUCUUCAGAAGGUGCCUCAGAUAACAGUGUCUUCAGGGACCUCUGCUACAUCCUCACUACUAAAGACAUCAGCUUCAUUUGAGCAAGGCCCCUCCGGUCAGCUCUCCUUUGAACACUGCCCUAGCAGCGACAGUCAUCUGGAAAUCUUGUUAAAUUCCCACAGCCCUCUGGGGCGGUCGAGUGAAAUCGCCUUCCUGAAAGUAGGUGGCGAGGAGCCACACUUCAAAGGGGCAAUGGAAGGAUUUUCUAGCAAAACUGCGGAUGAACUGCUUGCACCACAUGAGAUUCUGCCAACUCCCCUCUCGCCCAUGGAGACUCAGCUGUCUCCCUCUUCUGCUGAAGGAUUUGGAUUGCACGUGAGUUUCACAGAGUCUCCCUGGGAAACAAUGGAAUGGCUGGAUCUCACUCCGCCUAGCUCAGCCAAUGGUUUUGGCUCCCUCACCACCACAGGGCCCAGCAUCUUCAACAUUGAUUUCUUAGAUGUUACUGAUCUCAACUUGAACAGCACCAUGGACCUGCACUUACAACAGUGGUGAACAGAAUAAGCUCUAUGAGUCGGGUUGUAGCCAGCCACAAAUGGAUUUCCAUGAAAGGGACUGAGAGACUAUAUCCAAGAGCCCUGGUACUUCCUAUCCAGGGAGAAAAAACUGGAGUCACUUUUCCCAGGACAUAAUUUAUCUUUUCGUUACAAAUGGAAUCGCCAGAUAAUAAUCUCCCACACCUCCAAAGCAAACCCCUAGCACAAGAUCUUCCUCCUUCAUAAACAGAUCCCAAGUCCUGCGACGCAUUGCUAACCUCAGUGGUUUCCAAACCUCUUCCAAGGAAAGCUAGUUCUGCAGUGGAACUAUAGUUGGUAUGCACCUAUCAGCAUUAUCCCUAACAUCUGUCAUCCUUAUCAAGUUGAUCUGCUAUAUUGUCUCUGCUACCUUGUUUGAUUCACUUAUGGCUUCCAGCACCCUACUUGAGAGCUGUUCCUUUUCAUCCCUAUCAUUUUUUAAAGUCAGCUCACUAAAAAGCAUUGCCAGACCAGUAACAUCCAAGCCCUUUCACAAUACAAAUCCUUCCUUAGGAGUUCACUGAACAUUUCUGUCUCUUUGCCCUGUCUCUCUCCCCCCCCCCCCCCAUGUUAAAGGUACUUGCAACAGAACUAAAGCAAUAUCUUGUUAUGGGGUGGGCACUCACCUUGAAGAGAACCCAGAGUAAAAAAGAAGCAAGUGCAGAAAUGAGUGAUAUUUACUUGGGGAGGAUCAUGGCCCUCCUCAAUUUUCUGUUUUAAAGGUACAUUCCUCCUUUUAAAAGUACUUUGCUCAUGUCUUCUUUUUUUAAUUGAAAUAUAAACAUAUAUUUAAUUUGAUAUACAGAUAAAUAAAUCUAACC